UGACUACGAGAAUGAAACACCAUGAAUACGAAAACAAUCUUCCAGGAGAUCUGAUUAGAGAAAUCUUUGUGAGGCUUCCGGUGAGGAUUCUCCAGCAACUGAGGAUUGUAUGCCGUUCAUGGAACUCCCUAAUCUCCAGCCCUGAAUUCGCCAUUUACCACCUUCAACGCUCAACCCUAAUUCAGCCGCCGCCAUUGCUAUGUUGGAAGGAACCGGGACGGACGGGCGACAUCAUGCAUUGCUCUUCACAAUCUCUUAUUCCUGAUCGCCAGCAUCAGCCAAUUACAUUAGAGUCACAUCCGGCUGAUGGAUUAGUCAUCCAGGGAUCUUGCAACGGAUUGCUCUGCUUGUCUCAAGGUUAUUCCUUUGAAACUCUCACUCUUUUCAAUCCCAGUACUCGUUCGGUAUCCCCAUCCGUUCCAUUCGAGUGCUCCCACGAGUGCGGAUGGGAUGUUUUUUGUGGCUUUGGCUAUGAUACUCUACAUGACCAGUACAAGUUUGUUAUGGGUUGUUCUGACUCGUCUCUUAUAACGGAUUCCAAGGUCAGAUCUGGGGCUAUAGUUUUCACUUUUAGUGCAAAUCCUUCUUGGAAAACUGUUGAUCAUCCGGUGUUUCCGUAUUAUUUUCUUGGCACAAGAAACGGAAUAUUUGUGAGCGGCACUCUCAAUUGGAUUGUGUAUGAUCCUACUAGUACUAUGGAUUAUGAUGAAUUGGAGUGGUUCGUUCUUACCUUCGACUUGGAAACGGAGUUGUUUGGUCAAUUGUGUAUGCCUCUUACUACAAUGCGCAACCUCAUCCACAUGCCUCACUUGCAACUCCACAAUAACUGUCUUUCUGUUUGCUAUCGCACUCCGAAUAUGCCAAUUAUUUGCACUUUCUGGAUAAUGAAGGAGUAUGGAGUUGAAAAGUCUUGGAUUAAAUUGUUCGAAAUCCCAUUCGGUGAUGAAAUGAUUUCUCCAUAUGUUUCGGCAGCACCCCUGUAUAUCUCAGAAGAUCAUAAUCUUUUGGCACUAGAUAAAUCUUAUCGCAAAUUUCUUGUGUAUAAUUUACGUCAAAACCAACUAGUAGUUUUUCAGGUGCCUCACGGGUAUCAUUCGACAGCUAUAUUCCUAUGCCAUGAGAGCUUGGUCUCACCGUCACAUUAUUCACCUUCAACUCAUGCAUUGCUUGGGAACUGGACACAACUCAACAUUCGGCCUGUAUUUGAUUUCAUGAGAUACUUGAAUAUAACAAAAAAUUAAAAUAAAAAUUAGUAUUUUGUAUUUUCGUUCGACAGUAUGAAUAAUUAAAUUUUCUUUUGGCUAAUGACAUUUUUUAUUAAAACAUUUUAAAGCUUUUUAUUCAUUAAAUACACUAUAUAUAUUACAAAUUAUAAAUAUUUAUUAUAUUAUUAUCCUUAUCAAGUGUCUUCAGAGGAAAAAAAAUUGUCAGCCUAGGAAUUUUCUUGUGAUAAACUACAAUGUAACAGGUGAUUCUGAUUUUCAAAAUUCACUAAAGAUGGUUAUUUUGAUUAGUGAUAUUGUGAUAUGAAAUUAAAUAUGGCAGCCAAUGCUACAAUUUUCUCCAUCUAGUAGCACCCUCCGAAUUCUCCAUCUAGUUCCAGACAUGGUCUUGUGCCUCACUAUAGUUAUAUAAGUUGUCUUGGUACUCAUCUGAUGAUCUGAAUUAUAGGAUCUUGAAUUCUUGAUUCCUCUCAUACAAGCUAUAUAUAUAUAUAUAACGUUUUUUCCUCAGUUUGACAACCGUUCCAGAAAAUUCUGUAUGAAACCGAUGUGAUACAAACCAUGAUAAUCGCAACAAGAUGUUGAGGUCCAAUACUUGAUGAUGCAUAUAUCAGCAAACAUUCACAAUGUUGAAAAUCAAAGUUUCAGUCCAGUGUAAAUAAUGAGAUAAAUCAGAAUCAUGAUACCAAACACUGCACAAAGGACAGCAGAGGUUGGUGCAAUGCAAAGGAUAAUAGAAGUAGUGGAGAAAAAUUAAAUGAAAAAACAAGGCACGCCAAGGAUUGCUGCAACAGGCAUAAUCAACCGCAAAAAUGAAGAGGCAGUGAAGUAUUUUGGAGUGCAAGGAAUAUACUAUGGAAAAGUUUAGGAGGUUAGCAGUUUUAUUGAAUUUUGGCCAUCAUGUAAUCAACAGAAGAAGGUGAGCCAGUGGAUAAAAUCUCACACCAAUCUCACACCAUCAAAUCAUUAUUCAUAGCUAAUUGAUGGUUAACAAUUACAAAAAUUGCUGGCCCGCAUUGCUCAUAUACUAUUAUGGUGAAGUGAGAAAUACGAAAAAAACCAUGAGUAGAAAAAGACAAAGAGAUAGAUAAAAAAAAGUCAAAGUUGAUGAUAUUACUCCUAGGUUUUUUAGAUUUUGGAAAGCUAAAUAAGUAAAGAAAAAAAAAA